AUGUCAAAACUAGAAUGGAAAAACAAAACAGUUGUUACAGAAUUUAUUCUCCUUGGAUUUGGAAAUGGCCCUGAGCUGGAUUAUCUUCUCUUCCUAAUGUUCCUGAUGACCUAUAUUAUGACCAUAACAGGGAACACCUUCAUCAUUGCGCUGGUGGUGGCUAAUCAGUCUCUUCACAUCCCAAUGUAUUUCUUCCUGGGCAAUUUGGCUUGUUUGGGUAUCUGCUACAGCUCAAACAUCUUGCCAAGAUUGUUGCUCAAUUAUCUGAGUGGAGAUAGAAGAAUAUCAGUUGUCAGAUGUUUUGCACAGUACUAUUUCUUCGGUUGCUUGGCAGCUGCAGAAUGUUAUCUUCUAGCAGUGAUGUCUUAUGAUAGGUACCUAGCAGUAUGCAAACCCUUGCACUAUUUAUUCCUUAUGAACCACAAGCUCUGUCGCCAGCUAGGUGCUGCAUCUUGGAUAAGUGGUUUUCUGUUUAAUUCUAUAUUAACAUUCCUGAUCUCAAACUUAGAUUUCUGUGGCCCUAAUGAAAUUGAACAUUUCUUCUGUGACUGCUUUCCAGUGAUGAAACUAUCCUGCAGUGACACUCACAUGGUGGGACUUGUCACUUCUUUUGUGGCAGGUGUAUGCUCCCUGCCUCCGUUUCUCUUGACUUUCUCAUCUUAUGUCUACAUCAUUAUCACAGUCAUGAGAAUUCCUUCUUCCGCUGGAAGGAAAAAAGCUUUUUCCACCUGUUCUUCACAUCUUAUUGUGGUGUUACUUUUUUACUGGUCAAUAUUAGCUGUCUAUGUCCUUCCUUAUCAUAGUAUUCAAAUAUCUCCGAACAAUGUCUUCUCUAUUUUUUAUACUAUUCUCACUCCCCUGGUCAAUCCUCUUAUUUAUAGCCUGAGAAACGAAGAAGUAAAGAAAACACUGCAAAAAAAGACAAGAAAGAUAAAAACAAAAGAACAAAGAAACAUAAUGCAGAGAGGCUACAAGAGCUACACAGCUUUUAUUAAGGACAGUAUGUUCCCAAAAGCAUCACUGAACAUGAACACAGAAAGGAGGAAACAAACACAGGAAUCCACCGACAGGCGGCAGCCGCGCCUCAGCCCGCGGUUACCUGCCGGCUCCCGGAGGCGAUUUGCGUACCGUUUCCUGCGUUCCCUGUUCAUGGAGAACUGGAAGGUUUCUCUGGAAUUCCCUUUGGUCUCCCUUGCAGCGGGCUCUGAGCUGGCAUGCUGUCUUCUGGACUUUGCCUCCCCUCGGGGGCAGCCCCUUUAG